CCGACUUGCUGACAGUACUUCACGUUUAUGUUUGGAAAAUUUCACUAAUGCAAUUAUAAAUUUGUUUGGAGAUGAGUAUCUACGCAGCCCUACAGCUGAGGAUCUUCAACGAUUGCUCGAUGUUAGAGAGGUACGCGGUUUUCCAGGGAUGAUAGGCAGCAUCGAUUGUAUGCAUUGGGAGUGAAAAAACUGCCCAACCGCUUGGAAAGGUCAGUACACACGUGGUACGGGAAAGCCGACAAUUGUCUUAGAAGCUGUGGCAUCACAAGAUCUUUGGAUAUGGCACGCAUUUUUCGGAUUACCAGGUACCCUCAAUGAUAUCAAUGUUCUUGAUCGGUCACCGGUUUUCGAUGACAUCGUACAAGGUCGAGCACCAAAAGUUAAGUUCAAGGUCAACAACCACACUUAUCGUAUGGCCUACUAUCUUACUGACGGAAUUUAUCCAAACUGGUCAACAUUUAUCCAAUCCAUCCCACUUCCUCAAGGUCCUAAAGCCGAGAAAUUUGCAAAAAAAACAAGAAUCCGCCAGAAAAGAUGUCGAACGGGCUUUUGGAGUAUUACAAUCAAGGUUUGCAAUUGUUAAAAACCCAGCUCUACUAUGGGACAAGGAAAAGAUAGGAAAGAUAAUGAGAACUUGUGUCAUAUUGCACAAUAUGAUAGUGGAGAACGAACGACACGGAUACGCUCAAAUUGACACAUCUGAGUUCGAGUCAGGAGAGUCAAGUAGAAGUUCGAGGGUGAUAAGGAGGGAUAGUAUUCAUGUCGAUAUGUUAGGCAUGCGCAGAGAAGUUCGAGAUCCAGCGAAACAUGCUCGUCUUAAAGCUGAUUUAAUGGAAAAUAUAUGGCAAAAGUUUGGUGAUGACGAUAAGCUUAUUGAAUUUCUUGUUUUAUGUAUUCUACUCAUUAUGUAUUGAAUAAAAUGUUUAAAAAUAUUUAUAAUAUAUUUUAAUGUAUUAUUUUAUUCAUGUUUUCUUAAUAAUUAGUAAUUUGAAAAAAAAAAUUAUUAUGAAUAAUAAAUAUUAUUAUUUUAUUUCUAUGAACUUCUUCUUUAGAUUCACUAAUGCAGAAAACAAGAGAUUGAGGUUCUUAACUAUUCAUGGACCCACAUAAAAAAUAUUAAAAAAUACUUGUGAACCCCAAGGGGGGUUCACUAAUGCCCAUGGUCUAACUAUUCAAAUUAAAUAGUUGUUACACUGACGUCUGUUUAUGUCUUUCUGGUGCUAUUUAUGAGUGGAAUUGGUAGUUUUUUUCUUUUACGUGAACAAUAAUAAUGUGUAUAGAGGCUUCGAUUAUUUCUAAUAAAAGGCAAUAACGCAUGUAAUGAAGCCGUCCACACACGAACGCCACGCUUGAAAAAAAUACCAAAGGGUCAACGAACGUUAAAACUUAAACUAAAUAAAAGGCUAUUCCUUGCUCUUGAGGAAGACUUUGUUUUUUUGUUUUUGUCUUUUCAUUGAGGCAGAUGGGUGCUUCUGUUUCGGUUCCCGAGAGAUCCGUCCAUGAAUUCACUGUCAAGGAUAGCUCCGGCAAGGACGUCAAUUUGAGCAUAUACCAAGGGAAAGUCCUCCUCCUUGUCAAUGUCGCUUCCAAAUGCGGGUUCACCGAAGCCAAUUAUACCCAGCUCACCGAACUUUACCGGAAAUACAAGGACCAAGGGUUUGAGAUCUUGGCAUUCCCUUGUAACCAGUUUCUUUACCAGGAGCCCGGCACGAGUCAAGAAGCUCAUGAUUUUGCUUGCACACGGUUUCAGGCCGAAUACGCUGUUUUCCAAAAGGUACGGGUAAACGGCCAAAACGCGGCACCACUCUACAAGUUCCUUAAGGCAAGUAAACCCACUUUUUUGGGGUCAAGAAUUAAGUGGAACUUCACCAAAUUCUUGGUCAGCAAAGAUGGCAUAGUGAUUGAUCGUUAUGGCACGAUGGUUACACCUCUGUCCAUCGAGAAAGACAUCAAGAAAGCUCUGGAAAAGGCUUGAAACAGCAGACGGGAUUGCCUUUUAUAUCAAGGCACCAAAUAAAAAUAUCAGUUCAUUUUGUAACUAAUGAAAAUCCUAGCUUUUAUGUUGUAAAUCCAAUUUUUCUUUCUUAUACGGACAAGUUUUUCAGUUUGGUGUAUAUAGAAAAAGAAUCUCUCCCAGUAGGUGGUUGUUUUCAUUUUUUUUUUUUGAAAAGUAUUCUUUAAUUUCCGAAGUUGUUAUGGAUAUAUACAGUCACUGAUACUUGGAUAGCUA